AUGAUGGUGUGGGAGAGGCUAAUAGAGCUAACAAAACGUGCACAGGAGAAGAAGACGGAGCCUGUCGUAUGGUCAAUCCAGGUGACCUCAUCGCUGAACACGGCGGGUGUGUCGCUACCGUCGGCGGAGCUAGCAAACCGUCUGGUAUCUCACAUAUGUUGGGACAAUCACGUGCCGAUCACAUGGAAGUAUCUGGAGAAAGCCAUGGAAGUUCGCAUGGUUCCUCCUUUGCUGGUUGUGGUUCUCCUCUCCACCAAAGUUGUCCCAAACAGACACCCUCUCCUCCACCCCGCAGCCUACUCUCUGUAUCUUCAUCUCCUUAACAAACACGUUUUCUCUCUCUCUUCUCUUGUCAAUUCCCCUAACUACCCCUCUCUCAUGAACUCUAUUCACCACGUUCUUCGCCUUUCCCAACUCUAUGAUGAUUCUCAUCACCCUCACCAUAACCCUCACCCUGGCGUUGUUCUUGUUCAGUUUCUUUUCACUCUUGUGUGGCAGUUACUCCAAGCUUCCUUACAAGACGAAGGCUUACUCCAACACAAGUCCUUAUUAUUCGUCGAUCCCGAUCCCGUUCCCGAUCAUGAUCUCACUAUGGAAUUGGAUACUCAUCCCCAUAAACACGCCUUGCACGCCAAAAAUACAACAACCGCCAUUCAAUUCAUUGCAUGCUUUCUUCAUAACAAACUCACUUCAAGAAUUCUCUCCUUAGUUCAAAGAAACAUGCCAACACACUGGGGAGCAUUCGUUGAUGAGCUAGAGCAACUCGCGGGGAACUCGAUGAUAUUGAGGACGUUGAAAAAUUUAUCUCCAGAGUUGUUUUUCCCUUUGAAUUUAAAAUCAAACUGGCCUUUGUCUAGUGAACCGAAGAAGAAGAUGAAGCUGAGUUCAGUAUUGGCUGCAACUGCUAGUGCUAGUGCGGUCCAAUCUCACAAUGAUAGUUCACUUUGGCUUCCCAUUGAUUUAAUACUGGAGGAUGCAAUGGAUGGUCAUCAUGUCAUGGCUGCCAGUGCUGUUGAACUUUUUACUGGGUUGGUGAAGGCUUUACAAGCAGUUAAUGGUACUGCAUGGCACAAUGCAUUUUUAGGUUUAUGGAUUGCUGCACUACGACUGGUUCAACGGGAGAGGGAUCCAUGUGAGGGUCCUGUACCUCGCCUUGAUACCUGCUUGUGUAUGCUAUUGUGCAUUACGACCCUUGUAGUUGCGAAUCUUAUUGAAGAAGAGGAAGGUGAACUAAUUGAAGAAGCUGAGCGUAGCCCUAUGAAUCAAAGGAAGAACAAGCCAGCUACUGGAAAGCGUCGCGGGGAAUUGGUUACAAGCUUACAGUUAUUGGGUGAUUAUGAAGAUUUACUCAAUCCACCUCAACCUGUUACUUGGGUAGCUAAUCAGGCCGCUGCCAAGGCUAUCAUGUUUGUAUCGGGACAUAGUGGAUACUUGGAACAUGUGAAUGUGAAUGACUUGCCCACAAACUGCUCUGGUAACCUAUGGCACCUGAUUAUUGAGGCUUGUAUUGCAAGACAUCUGAUUGAUACCUCAGCUUAUUUUUGGCCUGGUUAUGUAAGUGCACCUUACAAUCAACUACCUCAUAGUAUUCCUAACCAUUUGCCCAGCUGGUCAUCAUUGAUGAAGGGUUCACCGCUUACUCCUCCAAUGGUUAAUGUCUUAAGUGUAACUCCUGCUUCCAGCUUAGCAGAGAUUGAGAAAAUUUUUGACUUCGCAAUCAAUGGCUCAGAUGAAGAAAAAGUAUCCGCGGCUAGCAUUCUUUGUGGGGCAUCUCUAGUUCGUGGGUGGAAUGUGCAGGAACACGUCGUUUUUUUCAUCAUAAAAUUGCUUUCUCCUCCAGCUUCUCCUAACUACUCUGGGACUGAAAACCACUUGAUUAGCUAUGCUCCAUUUUUGAAUGUCCUUCUGGUUGGAAUUUCAUCUGUAGACAGUGUUCAGAUUUUCUCCCUACACGGUGCGGUUCCACUACUUGCUGCUGCAUUAAUGCCAAUAUGUGAGGCUUUUGGAUCAUGUGUUCCUAGUGAGUCAUGGACUGCUGCAACUGGUGAAAAGCUCUCUUGCCAUGCAGUGUUCUCUAGUGCAUUUAUUCUCCUGCUGAGAUUAUGGCAGUUUAAUCAUCCACCUGUUGAACAUGUGAUGGGAGGUGCAGCAACUCCAGCAUUAGGAUCACAGUUAGGUCCUGAGUUCCUUUUAUUGGUUCGGAAUAGUACGUUAGCAUCCUUUGGGAAAUCACCAAGAGAUAGAAUAAGAAGCAGAAGAUUUUCAAAAAUGAUAAGUUUUUCUCCAGAGCCUGUAUUUAUGGAUUUCUUUCCAAAAUUAAACACUUGGUAUCAGCAACAUCAAGAAUGUCUUGCAUCAACUCGACGUGCUCUUGUUCCUGGAGGGCCUACUCUUCAGAUUGUUGAUGCGCUUCUAAGUAUGAUGUGCAGGAAAAUAAAUAAAAGUCCUCAAUCAUUGACAUCUACAACUUCAGGAAGCAGCAACUCAUCAGGUUCAUCAUUGGAUGACUCUUUAAUGAAACUCAAAGUUCCAGCAUGGGAUAUCCUUGAAGCAACUCCAUUUGUUCUUGAUGCUGCCCUUACAGCUUGUGCUCACGGAAGACUCUGCCCCCGUGAACUGGCUACAGGUCUCAAAGAUAUUGCUGAUUUUCUUCCGGCGUCUUUGGCAACCAUUGUAAGCUACUUAUCAGCUGAAGUAACACGUGGUGUAUGGAAGCCAGCUUUUAUGAAUGGAACUGAUUGGCCUAGUCCUGCUGCUAAUUUAUCCCUUGUCGAGCAACAAAUCAAAAAAAUUCUGGCUGCCACAGGUGUUGAUGUCCCAAGCCUCUCAAUAGAUGGAAAUGCUCCAGCUACACUUCCUUUGCCUUUGGCGGCUUUUCUAAGUCUCACAAUAACCUAUAAGCUUGAUAAAUCUUAUGAGCGCUUUCUUGUUUUGAUUGGUCCAUCUUUGAUCAACCUUUCUGCUGGUUGCCCCUGGCCGUGCAUGCCCAUUGUAGGUUCUUUGUGGGCUCAGAAGGUGAAGCGUUGGAGUGACUUUUUUGCAUUCUCUGCUUCUGGAACUGUCUUCCACCAUAGCAGGGAUGCCGUAGUUCAGCUCCUAAAAAGUUGCUUCACAUCUACUCUUGGGCUUGGUUCUGCUUGUAUUUACAACAAUGGUGGUGUUGGUGCUCUUCUUGGUCAUGGAUUUGGUUCUCACUUCUUAGGAGGGAUCUCUCCGGUUGCUCCUGGAAUUCUCUACUUGCGAGUUUAUAGGUCUAUUAGAGAUGCUAUGUUCUUGACUGAUGAAAUUGUAUCUCUUCUAAUGCUUUCAGUUAGAGAUAUAGCAUGUGGUGGGUUGCCCAACCGUGAUGCACACAGGCUAAAGAAGACUAAGUAUGGAAUGAGAUACGGACAGGUUUCUCUUGCUGCAUCUAUGGCACGUGUCAAACAUGCUGCCCUUCUGGGGGCUUCUUUUCUUUGGAUAUCUGGUGGUUCUAGUUUGAUUCAAUCUUUGAUAACAGAAACUUUACCUUCAUGGUUUUUAUCAGCUCAAGGGUUGGAGCAGGAAGUGGGAGAAUCUGGUGUUGUGGUUGCCAUUCUUAGAGGUUACGCACUGGCAUGUUUUGCUGUAUUUAGUGUGACAUUUGCUUGGGGUAUCGACUCUUUAUCAACAGCAUCCAAACGGCGACCAAAGGUUAUUGGGAUUCAUCUAGAAUUUCUGGCAAAUGCUCUAGAUGGAAAAAUAUAUCUUUGCUGUGAUUCUGCAACUUGGCAUGCCUAUGUAUCUGGGUUUAUGAGCUUGAUGGCGAGUUGCGCCCCAUUGUGGAUCGAGGAACUUGAUGUGGGCUUGUUGAAGAGAGUGAGCAAGGGAUUAAGACAUUUGAAUGAAGAUGACUUGGCUCUGCACUUACUAGAAAUCAGAGGGACAACUCUCAUGGGUGAGGUAGCUGAAAUGAUAAUCCAAAAUGAAUUUUAA